GCAGUUAUGAUGCUUUAUCACUGUGACCAGGUUCAGAAUGACAUUCUAUGAUUAUCAUUGAAUAUAAUUUUGUCAAUAUAGUUCUUUGAUGAUUUUUGAUUGUUUUGUGGUCGAAUUUUUACGAAUGUAAUCAUAAACUUAUGAAGUGAGUUGCUAGACUCUCUGGAUAUUCUCCUAUUUAAUCUUAAAUACAGUGAGAAAUUCGAAAGUAUUUUUUUGACCACUUUCUGCUGAAUAAUGCCUAAACGUUCAGACUCACCGAAUACUUCAUCUGCAUGUGAACCAUUCACACCAUACGGGAUCGCACCUGGACUAGUCAAACAAGUCAGAGAGAAAUUUCAAAGCGAAAUUUCAAUGAACGAACUAUCUAAAAAUAUACAUUCUGGAGUCAAGCACCAUUCAGCUACAGCCCGCCUUACGUUUGCUUAUCAAAACAUGCUACACAAUGACAAUGGAAUUCAGAGACACAAUACUUAUCCUAAUAGGAGAAUCCAAACUUCUGGUAGAGUUUCUGAACUGCCUACUACUGCUAGCUUAACAGUUGACAAAGUAAGUGGACGACCUCGAGCUGAAAGUUUUUUGGACACUUUGAAGUCAAGUAGGGAGAGUCCUGAAUCUCAGGUUAGCUUGAGAGAGAGUGGCAAAAGUACUCCACCAGUUCACCCUAAUGAAUGCAGAAUACAAACUGCAAUAUGCGGACAUCGAGUUGAAAACACAAGCAGAUACAACCAUGUACAAUCUAAUAUAUCAAGCGUUGAACGGGAUGAAAAUCGUCCUAAAAACCAAGAUUUGCUGAAUUUCAACGAAAAUCAAAAGAAACCAAAAGAAUCAGAAGCAUCUUCAUCUACAAAGUGCAACACACGAACGGAUUUUAAACAACCAGCGGUACUACCCAAGCCUUCAAAAAGUGAGUUAAGCAAGGAUUCUCUUGUUAAUUUUAUGAUACCUAGAGGGUACCAAGGCAGCAAGCGAACGAGUCAAUGCGUAUAUAAUGCUGAUGAACAUUCCUUUACUCAAAAAUCAGAAAAUUCUCCUAGUGAAAGGGCAAAAAGCAGAAGCUUACAAGGUCAUAGAAAUACGACUAUUAAAAUAAACACAAGAAACCCUACAAUUGCCGACCCGUUUGCAAGUCCCAGCGACAGUUUUCCUAACCAUACAACAAUAAAAUCAAAGAAUGCAUCAAACAGUAACUCAGCCUGCGAUUUGUGUAGAAAGGAUAGUGAAGGUGAUAAGAAUAAAGUUUUUUCAACGUUUAAAAAGUAUAAUAGACCUUCAGAAAGUAUAGCCCGUAGAAAAAGCGCCGCAGAUGAUGCAACGCAAGCUGUCACAGAACCUGUUCACAGCAAUUCAGUUUGUCCCUGUUCUUCACACCUUAAUGGAGACCCUUGUCAUACAACCCAAUCGGUAAUCGUAAAUGGGCUGAAAACUACCAAACCUAUACCUACAUCCGUAACGCCAUCAUCUGUAUCAUCUACUUUGCAAUCUUUUCACAAUAGUCAGUCUGAAAGAAACUUUUCACAAGUAAGAAGAAAUCAUUUCCAAGGUGAACAUAGUAGCUACUCUGAAACAGAAAACAGUUCGUUGUCUCUCAUAAAACCUGAGAAACCACAUCAAGAUUUGAAUGGUAAGAACGACACAGAGAUAUUUACUGCAGUUAGAACAGUGCCAUAUAAGAAUUCAGUGAGCACUGAAAAAAAUAAUUCGCUCGGGCAUAAUAGUAAAUUUAACUUGACCACUGCAACGCAGUUGUCCAUCAAAGGUUCUGAAUUGCCUGGGAACAUCUCUUCCAAGAAAGUGAAUACCUUGCCCACAGAUAGUAAGGAACCGAAUAAAUCCACGAUUGCUGAUAUAAACCUUCCUAGUAUAUCAAUAAACGGACUUGGUGAAACAUCUAUGAACAUAGCAGUUGAUCAAACCCAUACCGAGGACGCAAAGAAAACCUUUCCGGGGGAAAAUAAUCCACAUCAUAAGGCAAAUGAAAAAAUGAGUAAUUUGCCGUACCAUAAGCGACAGGUGAACUAUACUAUUUUAGACAGUGUUAUGGGUGAAAUGGAGCAGCUAUUCUCGGGAAAGCAAACAAAUACACAGAGAAGAUUGUCGAGAAUACAUAGUUUUGCCAGAGAAAAGGCUAUGCAAUGCAGAGAAGAAAAAGAAAAUAACGAACAUAAUUAUGCAAACGAUAGUAACCCUGAAAAAACGUCAGAAGCAAGAGGUUUAGAUAAUAAAUCUACAGCUAACGGUUUAGACAAUUACAACAACGUUGAAACAAUUUCUUCUGUUUCUCAGCCCAAGAAUGAAAGACAGUCCGAGAGCUUUCAAGCAGCAUUUCGAGCAGUUGAAAAGCAUCUUAAGUUAUUUUCUGGAACUGAAGAUUCUCAGAGCCUAAAGCCAAGUAAAAUAUCAAAUGAUAUACCUGAAAAUAUUAUUAAAAAUGGAAACAACUGUCAACCUGUUUUCCCGGCGAAAGUAAAGCAUCCAGCAGACCCAUGCAAUCCUAUUCACGGUAAAUCAGUGACAAAUAAUGAUGAUAAAUUUAAAAAACACCAAAAUGCUUUUAGUCAAUUCAAUUCAAUUAAAAUAACUACUUCAACAAAAGAGUCAGUUGUACAAAAUGAUCACGUCAAUGAAGAUCAAAAUAACGAUAUCAAUCAAUUUGUUGAUUGCGAAAAUCGUAGUGAUUCUAGUGUUACUGAUUCUCAACAAUUAAUAUCACAUCCAAGAACAUUAUUCCCUCGUCCACAAUGGUCGCCAAAUCUUAGCUAUUACAUGUGGUCUUCUGUUCAGAACAACAAAAGUAAAUCAUGUCAAAUUUUGUACAUAAAUAUUAUAAGCAAUACCAACGUUUUUAUUCACUUCAAAAGUUAAAUUUUAGCUAACUUGAUUAAAUAAGGAUUUUUCCCUUAAGUCAUGCGAUUCAUAAGUGUUUAUUGAUUUGAAUAGCUUUCAGCCAAGGAAUAAAGGCAAGUUUGUCGAUUUCAGUGAGAAUUCAGGACAGAAGUACAGUGAACAGAGUCUUUGCUUAUGUCUUCAAUAUUAAUUAUUGUAUAAAAAUAAAUAAUUAGUAGUAAGUUAUUGCUUGUUGACUGGAAAUUUAUAUUUUCUCGUCAUAGCUCAACUGAUGAGUUCAGUAGAAGAUCUUGACUAAAUAGUAGACAAAACAGAGUGUUGUUCAGUGUCACUAAUUUGCGAUUACCAGUAACUAUGCUGACAAAUAAAUAAUUGGUUUCUUACUUAUUCAAAUUACUAUGAAUUUAAGAGUGUAAACAGUACUUUGACUAGGAGUUUAGUAUGUAUUAUUUUUUAAGUAUUUUUUUAAAGUAAACGAUAUAAAUGAAUCAUCAAAUAAAAAUAUUUACUCUCCUCAAUUUUAUCACUGAAAGCACUUUAAUCUUGUUUAAAACCAAAUUGUUUCUCAGUUGGUAUAUUAUUUUAUAAGAGCUUACACAUUCAAUAAUUUUCAAAAGACUAUUUCUUUGAUAUCAUGCCGACUAUUUUAGUGAAGCUACCCUUGAAAGUACUAUAAAAAAUAUAGAAAGACUAACAUUGACUGCGAUAACACUAUAUCAGUUAGAAAAAGCGUGUUUAUAGACUAUUUUAUUUGACAUACAAUUUAGCAUAAACUAUGUCAUUUCUGUAAUAAUUAAAUUCACAUACGGAAGGCCUCACACGAAUAACAAACAAAAUCAUGCAGGUAACUGAUUUUAAAAGUUGAUUUCAACCAGAUAGUUUAUGAACACAUUAACUUAAAAGUGAAUUGUAUUUCUAACAUCCUUUAAAGAAAUAUUAAAACUAAGGAUAAGGAAAUAAGUAUUUAAUAUUACGUAUGACUUCUUAAUGCAGUGUACUCAUCAUUCAGACACAAAAUCGCAUUAUAUUAGUGUGAAACAUAUUAGCCUCAAAACCCUCACAAUUUCCAGUGAACAUCCUGAAAUCGUCAGUAAAAGUUAGUUCUCACUAUUAAGUCGAUGAACUAAGUAUUUCACAACUUUCGUUUGUACUACACAAACAUCAAUCCAAAUAAAAUCACCAUUUAACACUGAAUUAUGAUUAAAUAUUAUACUUCCGGAGAAUUUCAGAGUGAGAUAUUCAAACUCAGUAGACAUCUAAUAGUGAGCAUUGUUAAAUAGUCACAAACUAGGAAGAGAUGUAUAUCUGUCGUCCGAAUGAAGGAAGAUUUUCUAAGAGCAAUAAAAUCAUGACAAAUAACGUCACUGAAUCUUGAGCAAAUACUUCUCAAUGACUUAUUCAAUCAUAUAUUUUUUAAAAGUCAAGUGAGAUAUUAUUGGUAAACGACGAUAACCACACAGGUACCCAUAAAUUUCACUAAGUAUUCUUGUUUAAGUGUUGUUCUUCCCAUCGAUGUUAAAGUGAGCAUCGAUUGAUCAUAUGCUAGUUUCAUUUUCAUUGUAAUUAUUAUUGUACUAUGUUAUAAUGUUCAAAUAUGAAGAUAAUAUUUCUAUUUUUAGUAAAAAGAAACUGACACAUUUUCUCAGCAAGUUACGAACACCUUCGAAAUUUAAUGAAAGAAUAAUUUGUACUAAUUCUUCAAAACUAGUCGUAAAUCAUUAUUUCAGAAUAGUGUGGAUCAUAGAGUAAAUAGUACAAAUCAUUACAAUGAACUAGAUGCAAUCUACUGAAACGUACACACAUAUAAACAUGAUACAUUUUCUUAUCUAAAAUACUGAAAUACAACUUAUUAUUACUAUAAUUUUUUCUAUAAACUAUAUACAUCUAUUAGGUUUAUGAAAGUUUAUCAUCAGUGAAAUUGAUUAUAAAGUAUUUACUUCUAUCAAUAUUUUCUAUUGUUUUCUCCUGAUAAAAUUCGUCGACAUAAAUGUCUAAAAUGAACUUCGAUUUCAGAUCUAAAAUAUUAAAUAAGUCUGACCAGUUUAUUCAAGCCAAUGGAUAGUAAUAUUUAAAUCUUUUAUAUCUAGGUCAUCAGUGGUCAGAUUGAAUUUUUGUAGUAAGUAUUUAAUUAAGAUAUUGGUAAUACUUUAUUUUUAUGCAUCAUCCUAUAAUGUAAAAAAAUAUAUGUAUCCUAUUCAAUGUGAAACCAUUAUUUUAUUUGUGUACUCUUUCCUCAUUCCAUAACCUUUGUUAAUACCAUCAAUUACAAUAUCGUUCAUUGAGAAGACAGCUAAAACAAUGAAUGCGUUACGCUUUCUGGUUUAAUAUUGACCUAAGAUUAAUCACUGGAAACUAUGUAGUUUUUGACAUUUGUUGGAAUUAUUACAUACUGACAAACUUCACAGUUGAAUAAAUAGGUAUGCAAUUAUGAAUAAAUGCUUGAUAUUUUGGUAUUACAAAUAUAGCUGUUGCUCGGUUUAUUUUAAACAGCGAUAAUCACCUUAAAGUGAACUAAUUAUUAUCUAGUUAAAUAUUAAUGUUAAGGAGUAGACUUAUUGUAUUUCGAUAAAAGUUUGUUGUCGUUGCCCUAUUGUUUUGAGAACAUUAUAAGGUGACACUGUUGUUUUCAAUUGACUUUGGAUUGUGUAUUUCAUGUACAAAUAACUUUCACAGCCUAUAUGAGGGGAUUUUUUUUAUUGCAUUUAAUCAAAUAGCAUUUUGUACUCGACCCUCCAGUUUUAUGAACAGAAGCAUUAGUAAUACAGAUGGAAUAAAUAUAGAUCGAUCGAUGCCUUCCGGACAAAUUUCUCAAACCACAAGACAUUUCCCUCGUUUAUCAACAACUGAAAUUCCAUGUGAGCGACCUAAAUCAGCCCCGGUGAAAAAUUGUAAAAAAAAAAUUAAUCUUGACUGUAAAACUUAUUCUGUUCAUCAUCCUGGUUUAUUGACUAAUGGAAAUAUGAAUAUAUGUUAAACAAACAAGGAACAAGUAAUUAUCUUCCUUCCCUUACGGCAAACAUCGUUUUCCGGAAUCUAUUGUAUUUAUUUCUGUUUAAUUUAUGGUAAAAACUGUGAUAUUUUGAUUUGGCUAUUUUCCACUCUAUUUUCAAUUUGAAAUAAAAGUAUUUUAUGAAUGUACUGUAAGAUUUGAUUAUGAUUAUUGUCAAUUAUUUUCUACCAUCAAUAUCCAUCAAGUAUUUAUUUUUAAACGUUUCAAUUUCUCGCAUAACUUUACUUUGUUAUGUACACCUUCAUUUGAUUAUGUUUAUGAGGAGUUUCCAGGAAACAAAAAAACACUGAAUUUUUAUGUCUUCCAGUUUUGGUGAAGUGAUUCAACAUGUUAUUCAUCAUUUAUAAACAAUUGGUUUUAAUUAUCUACCAAAUAAUAUCGUUAGAAAUUUCUUAUAAAAUGACUACCUCUAUUUUUAUAUACAUGUAUUUAAAGACCAUUUAUUUUCACAGACGCUUCAUUAACUUUAAAUGCUGACUAAUGACGAAACUCAUGUAACAGUUGAACUGUUAAAUACCAGAAAAAGAGAAAAUGAAUGUGUGUUUUUAUGGUCUUAAAUUGUUAGGCAAAUUACGGACCUACUGUUUAGUAGAUGAAAACAGGUCGAAUUGCCUAACUAUAUGCUUGUUAUCUGCUAUAUUCAAUUUUCUGUAAUUCAAGGUAAUUCUCGUAAAUCGUUACGGUUAUAUUUUUUUAAAAAACAACUAAUUUUCAGGAAUCAAAAAGAAUUUUAAUAGCAAGUGACCACCCAUUAUUAUUGCUGAAAACCUAAACUAAUUGAAUUUAUGAACACUGAGGUAUUAUAGUUUGUUACUGAAACAGAGACGCGUGAUUGUUUUAUACUAUCUGAAAAGUGAAUGUCUCAGAAGACUAAAAGUCACUUGAGAAUUAUUACAAAACCAUUUUUAAUUGAUCAUAAUACUUAGAGAUAGUAGUAAACAAAUGUCAAAAUAAGAUUGCCAACUGUAUUUCUUCACAUCUGCAAGAAUUCCAAAUAUAAAAUUACGGUGAACUGUUA